AUGAAGGCCUUCGCAGCUUCUUCUCUCGCGGCCGCGCUUUAUGCGGCGACGGCCACCGCUGAUGCCAUCCAGGCUUGCCCCAAUACCGAUGUCUGUUUCCGCGUUGCCGUCCCUACGGCUUCUUCUAGCUCCGGCAGCGGCAACAUAUACUUUCAAAUGUCUGCCCCGACCAGCUACCAAUGGAUUUCCCUCGGCACGGGUUCGUCGAUGUCGAAUGCCAACAUGUUCCUAAUGUAUACCGAUGGAAAAGGCAAUGUUACCAUUAGCCCUCGCACUACGCGUGGCCACAACAUGCCCACUCUUUCUUCGAGCACCACCCUUGAGCUCCUUGGCGGCUCUGGUAUCGAGAACGGCAAAAUGGUCGCCAACGUGCGCUGCACCAACUGCGCAUCUUGGAGCAGUGGCUCCAUGGCCUUGAACUCGGCCUCCAGCUCGUGGAUCGCAGCCUGGAAGUCGGGCAGCGCUAUCAACUCUGCCAGCGCUAGUCAGAGCAUCCAGCAGCACGAUGAGCACAGCAACUUCAACCUCGACUUGACGCAGGCAACGGUUCAGACCGACAGCAACCCCUUUGUGACUGAUUCUGGAAACAGUGGCAGCGGCGGCGGCGGCGGUAAUGGCAGCGGCAGCGGCAACGGCAACGGCAGCGGCAGCGGCAGCGGCAGCGGCAGUGGUAGUGGCAGCGGCAGUGGCAGUGGCAGUGGCGGCACCACCAGCGGCGGCAGUGGUGUUGUAUUUAACGGAGGAGGCGGUGUUUCCAAGGUCCUCCUCGCCCACGGCAUCGUAAUGUCGAUCGUCUUCGUUCUCUUGUACCCCAUCGGAGCCAUUCUCAUGCCCCUGGUGGGCAAGUGGAUGGCCCAUGCUGCCUGGCAGUCGGUUGCCUUCUUGCUCAUGUGGGCCGGCUUCGGCACUGGCUACGCUUAUGCGCGCGACAACGGUUAUCUCUUUGCGCAAACCCAUACCCUCUUGGGUACUGUUGUUGUUGCGCUGUUGGCCGUGCAGCCAUUCCUCGGAUACGCUCACCACGCCUACUACAAGAAGUUCCAGUCCCGCGGCGCCGUCAGCCAUGUCCAUAUCUGGUUCGGCAGGAUUGUGAUGAUUCUCGGCAUUAUCAACGGCGGUCUGGGCCUCGAGCUUGCUAGCUCAUCUCGGGCCUAUGUCAUUGCGUACUCCGUGGUUGCUGCUAUUCUCGGAGUCGCGUGGAUUGCGUCCGCCGUUUGGGGCGAGAUGCGCAAGUCCAAGCGCACCGUCAAGCGCGAGCAGAGCCACGACUCUCCGUAUUCCCAGCAACGCAUCCCUUACCGCCAAAAGAAAUAA